AUGACAAGAUUGUCUCUAAAUUUGGCACGUUUGAUCCCAACCAAAGACGAGGAUAGCCUAAUAAUUGCAGCAUAUGCUUUCAGGAUGUUUAUCUAUCAUCUAUGUGAAGAUAAUGCUGAAUAUAGAAGACUUUCACUUGAUUUAGAUUCUGAUCGUAGAAUCUUUUUCAAAAAAUUCAUUGUUGAUUUCAGGAAACAGGUUGCAAAUGCACCAUUUGCCGAUGACGAUGACAAUGGGGAAAUGAAUGAAGAAAAUGAUUCUUCAUUUGAAUUGGAAAAUUCACCAUCAACGAUUAAUGAUGAUAGUAACGAUACUUUUAGUGAAAUUGAUGAAGAAGAUGAAAGAUGUGUUCUUGCUCAUUCUAUGGGCUUAGGGAAAACAAUGCAAAUUAUUACUUUCCUUGCGACUCUCAAAAUUAGAAUUCUUCAAAAGGAUCAAAAUAUUCCAGAGCAUUUAAACGAUUUCCAUGUUGUUAUUGUAUGUCCAAAAAUCGUUAUGGAGAACUGGGAAAACGAAUUUAAUAAAUGGCUAGAUAAGAAUUCUGGAUUAAAUAAUUUAAUUCGUGUUUAUAAAUAUUCGAGUAAUAGAUCUUUUGAGGAGUUGGAGUUAUGGUGGAUAAAUGGUGGUGCAUUAUUAAUUGGAUAUGAAAUGCUAAGAAGUUAUCUCAAAUCAGAUUCUGAUUCCAAAUACUUCCUAAACUCAUCAUUAUUCAUAGCUGACGAAGGACAUAUUUUGAAAACAGCAACAUUAUUUAGUAAUGAAAAAAAGAAAGCUGCUACUAUUUCUUCAGCUUCUAAAGAAAAAUCAGCAGCAAAAACCAAUCAUAACAGUAACGAUAUGAUAUUUCAAAGCAAUAUAAAUGUAAACAAUGCUUUUAACUCUGCCAACAUUAAUCCCACAUACUUCUACAACAACCCCACUGUCACUAAAAAUCCUCAAAAUGAUCCACAAAAACUCGUAAAUCAUAGUUUUUUACCAACUACAGUAACGAAUUCAAAUCCUCAAUUUACAUUUGCUGGACCAACAAUGCCAGUAACUUUUAAUCAAACACCUACCAGUCCUUCCGAACCAGUAAUAAUUGAUUUAACAGCAGAUGAUGACGACAACAAUGCAGUUGUAGAAACUGAGCAAGUAUAUCGUUAUGGACAGAAGAAGUCAGUAUAUUCAUAUAGGUUGUUGACAGCUGGAACCUUUGAGGAAUCACUUUUUUUGAAUAAUGUCUUUAAAAUGGGAUUGUCAUACCUUAUCCUUGAUAAUAAAAAUACAUUGCUACAUGAAAAUUUAUCAAGAUGUGUGAUGAGUAUCCCUGAUCCAAAUCUUGAGUGUAGAUUAAAGGAUACUCUUAAUUUUGAUGAUGAUGCUCUGAAUACCGUAGGCAAAGAUCUUAGAGAUCAAAUUAUUGAUAUACGUUAUGUAGCAGAAUAUUUCAACAGCGAUGAUCGUAAUCUAAAUGAAGAAGAAACAAAAGAAGCUGAAAAUAUCUUUGAGCAGGAAAAAGAACG